UGUCGGAGCUCACCGGUAAUGAUAAAGCAAACAUGGACGGACGCUGAAAGCUGCACUGACAUGGACUCACCCGGAGCUUUCUACCUUUACGAAGACGUAAAUUACACAGACAACAGCUUCAUUUCACCAUUGACAGCGUCUUUUUCUGUCUCAGAAAGAUUAUUUUUAGGCUUUGACGAGAAUAAGGCGGCUUCCGAAGGAAGGGGAUAUAUGCGAAUGUUUUCCUGCGACAUACUUUCCCAAUGCAACCAUCUUUCACUUGCAAUUUAAGACCAAGAUUAAUAUCGUUUUAAAUUUGCUACGCCGCCCCAUAUUUGUUAGCUAAGUGUUUCCAAGGAGAGAAAAGGGGACACAAAGUUCAGGUGGAGCCAAUAGCUGUUCGUUAGCCACAACUAGCUACAGCUGUCACCUUAUAUUGUCGGCUGCGUUUAAAUACUGAAUUGAAACAAAAUGAUUAACUUUUGCUCGUUUUAAAAAGCGGAAGAUACGCAUAAGUGGAAACAUUUGUCUUGAUAAAACCUGAGAACGUUGUCUAAGCCCGUUUUUAAAUGUAUUUUAAUAGUGCGAACAUCAUAGGAUUCAUUUUUCUUACGGCUGCUUAAGAUCGGAGCUCGGAGUAAACAUGCACCACCAGGACUACACUGGUGAUUCUCCGGGGGCUUCAAUCCGUAAAACUGCUUUCCACCACCGAAGAGGCAGCAGCGGCAGCGCACCCGGUUCUCCCUCCUCCUCCGUUGGAGGUGUCCCCUUAGAGGAGAGCCAGACUCCGGCCCAGGCUGGAUCUGCGCAGGUGAAGAAGAAGAGUGGCUUCCAGAUCACCAGUGUCACCCUGGCCCAGACCAACAACGUCAGCGGCAAUAACAGCAUGGCGGAUGACACGGAGAGUUACGAUGACAUGGACGAGUCCCACACGGAGGACCUCUCAUCCUCAGAGCUGCUGGAUAUAUCUGCAUCCAGGGCUGCAGACACAGGAGUCCCGGAACGAAGCUCCUCAGAUGAGACUUUGAACAAUCUCCCUGGGGUGGACACCCCCGGACUGGUGUCCCCAAAUGAGCCUCUGCAGCUUCAUCACGUUGCACAGGGAUCCUCCUUCGUAAAUGGGUCUGUACAUCAACAACAUUACCCCCAAACAGCUCACCAUCUUCGCUCUGACCCAGCAUCGUCUCUUUCCAUGGGACCCAUAGCCAGCUCCAGUCCAGCUAUGUCCCACAGGCCGGUGAUGCAGGAUAACCCCAAACCUGCUGCUAUUCACAUGCAAAGUGCUGCAAAGGCUGCAAGUGUUUCUGCUUCUGGUUCUGACAACACUAAUGCAGGUUUGCAUUCUACCCAGAGCCCCCAUAUUCAGGCAAACCCUGGCUCUCGCUUCAGGGUUGUCAAACUGGAUUCAAACCUUGAGCCCUUCCGCAAAGGGCGAUGGACAUGCACAGAGUAUUACGAAAAGGAGGUUCUUCAGCCGUCUCCCUCUGAGCCAGCCAAAGCUAUGGAUGUGGCAGCAGAGGCUGAUGCAGGGAUAAAUGCACCUAUUCCCCCUGUGCAGCUGCCUCCCAAACUGCAGCUGUAUCAUCCUCCUCCUCCUCAGGACUUCACUAGUCCACAGACAGUGCACUCCACAACCCAGAACUAUGUCCCCCCUCAAGAGGUUGUUGGAACAGUUAAUGCUCAGCAACCUGUGGCUCCUCCUGUCAGUAUCCCUGCAGCAACAUCACAGCCUCCUCCUGUGUUACCCCAACCCGUGGCCUAUAAUUUGGAUCCACAAGCCAGGGUAGGUUAUCCUACCACUCAGCUCCAUGCAGGCAUGUUGACAUCCCAAAGAGGUGUCAGGCAGCCAGACUUCAUCCAGCCAACUGCUCCCUUUCAGACACAAGUUCAGCCUCCACUCCCACAUGCUAAUUCUGGGAUUUCUGCAGCAGUUCCAGGGUUCCCAUUACAGCAUCCCACUAGCAUUUGUCCACAGCAGCCAGCUCAGACUACGGUAACCCAGCCUCCCCAAAAAGCAAAACUCCAGCACCCCUCUGCAGCAGCACCUACUCUAACAGCAGGGGCCCCCUGUAACCCCUUGAACACCCUGCAAGCCGACCUUCAGCCCCUGCUCAACCUGGGAGCUAAUCUUGCAAAUAUUCCUGCAGGGGGAAGCUUUGUAAAAAACGCAGAGUUGGAGAAUGCCCAGAAGUUCUUGAUCCAGCACCAGGGCCUGUUGGGCCUGCCAAGGUUGGCAAGUGCCAGGGUUGGAGAGGGGGCUGUGGAGGGCCACAUUGGCAUGUCAGUUGAGGCGAGGGCUUUCAUGGCUGCUGCAGGCUUCAGGAGUCAGCAAAACGAAGGAGAGAAUGACAGCUCUUCAGGUGCCAGUGUGGUGGCCAUCGACAACAAGAUCGAGCAGGCAAUGGACUUGGUGAAGAGCCACCUGAUGUACGCUGUUCGUGAGGAGGUUGAGGUGCUAAAGGAGCAGAUCAAAGAGCUGAUGGAACGCAACAACCAGCUGGAGCAGGAGAACAACCUGCUGAAGACCCUUGCUAGCCCUGAGCAGAUGGCUCAGUUCCAGGCACAGGUCCAGACCAGCGGGUCCCCUACCGGUGCUGCCCAGCCUCCAGUCCCACCUGGACCCACACAGGUCGUCUCCUCUACACAGAACUCUGGCGCAGCCACGUAACGCAGGAAGAAAAACCCCUCAAAGGAUGAUCAGAAGAUGAGGAGGAGAGAAGAUAUACUGUGAAUCAGCAUUUGCAUUAAGUUGACUGGCCUGUCACCAUAUGAAGGCUUAAGCUGAAAACCACUUGCUUUGUUGCACAUUUAAUUUAACUGAAAACAUUUGGUAUUGCACCAGAGUGUGUGUGUCUGAAUGUGUGUGUGUGUGUGUGUCCCGACUUAAUCUUUUACUGCCUGCUUCAGACGAACGUCUUUUGGGAGAACGGAGUCUUUCCCCUACAUUUGUUGAUCUGUGGAAAGUGCCGUCAUCUACAUGGACAUCAGCCAUGCCGCCUAAAGGUUUCCACCCACACACAGUUCGUAGAGCCUCAUCUCCCUGCUUCGUUUUGGUCCAUCUGUGUAUCGCUCAGAUGACAUGAACAGACUUUGGAUGGAUACGUGGAACUGGAGAUUUCUUCCCGUUCACCUUCCUCCUCUUUCCUAAAUAGAGGACUCAGCGUUUAAGAGAAACGGGUGGUGAAGAUGUGCUUCUUGUCUGUGGUUUUUCUCGUGUUCGAUGUAAAUAAUGUCAAGAGAAUAACUGAAAGGUGAAUAAAUAAGACAAGACUGUUUGUAUGUAGUGAACUUUGUACAUUCUAAAGAUUUCCAGUUCAGCUCUGCCAAGUGCCUGGUUCCUAACCAUAGAUAAAUAUAUCCAGCCUUUUUAUAUCUUGUUUUAUCUGUUAGUGUAUAUAUCUAUCUAUGGUUUCGCCAGGUUUUAAUCUACCUGUGAUGUCCAAACUCAGGGUGGGAACUUAAGAGGAUUUUAUUCUAUUUUUACCUGCACACAAAGAUGCUGUCUCUCCUACAGCGACACCUGUGAGCUCUCCUCUUUGCUGUCGCUUCAAAAACCCACUUACUUUAAACGAUCAUGACUCUUACUAGAUUUCAUUUGGGGAUAUGUCUUUGUUUUUUGUAUUAACUUUUUCUUUUUUGUCUUCUUGUAAGCCAAGUGUGUAAGUUGCUCAUAGUGCAUCUGGAGCGCUGAACACUAAUCGAGACACUUGUCACAAGAUAAGGAAAAAUGCGCUAGCGGAAUCGUAUUCAUGUGUUGUGCAUGUUCCUACAAACCCAUCACAAAUGUGGCGUUCUCAAUUGCACUAGACAGUUGCACCUCAAAUAAAAACAAAAAACUAAAGCUGGAC